AUGAAUACGGAGACUGUUGCUGAACGUCGUAGAAAGGUUCUCGUUGGAGAGCUUCCACCUCAUUUCCUUCGUCUCGCUGUUCCAGUUCAACAAGUUGCGGAGCCAGAGGUUGUCCAACCUCGUCUCGUCAGCUUCGUUCCACCAAAUACCCGCGGACGUCUCUCUGUCACGAUCCUUGAAGCCAACCUCGUCAAAAACUAUGGAUUGGUUCGUAUGGAUCCGUACUGCCGCGUCCGCGUGGGAAACGUUGCAUUUGACACGAAUGUCGCUGCCAACGCUGGUCGCUCUCCAACAUGGAAUCGUACUCUCAACGCAUAUCUCCCAAUGAAUGUCGAGAGUAUUUACAUUCAAAUCUUCGACGAGAAGGCAUUCGGACCAGAUGAAGUCAUCGCAUGGGCUCAUGUCAUGCUUCCAUUGCCAAUCUUCAACGGAGACAAUCUCGAUGAAUAUUUCCAAUUGUCGGGACAACAAGGAGAGGGAAAAGAGGGAAUGAUUCAUCUUCAUUUCUCGUUCGCUCCAAUCGAUUUGCCACUCCAACCGGAGGUUCAACCAGAGCCAGAGGCUGCUCCAGUUCCACUUCCAGUGGAGAUCACGGAAGAAGACACGAAGGAGAUUCAGGAAAUGUUCCCAACUGUCGACAAGGAGGUCAUCAAGUGUAUUCUGGAGGAGAGAAGAGGUGACAAGGAAGCCGCAGUCAGUGCAAUUCUCGAGAUGACAGCUGCCGCUGAAACCCCAACCGCUUAA